AGUCUCCUCCAUGCUGUGAGUGCGCAGCCUGCACAGAUCACUCCAACUUGGAACUUAAAAGUCCACAUUUGCAUGAACCUGCAUUCCUUUGCUGCUGUGUCCUCGACCCUCGGUGUUCUGCAGCAAAAGUGAAGAGAGAACAGUGAAGAGAGCAGCCUCGGGAGUGGUCUGGAAACCUUUUCUUUUUGUGCCAUCAUGAGCUCGCCGACGGUCAACCUUGAUACCUACAGCCUGUCGCUGCUCACGGCCAAAGAGGACAUCCUCAACCCUCGCUCCUCCACCAACUGGGCAUUAUUCACAUAUGAUGGGAUCACCAACAAGCUCAAACUGGCUGACUCAGGAGCGGGUGGUGUGGCAGAGUUGGCAGGGAAGUUUCACAUCUCCAAGCCUCAAUACGGACUGUGCAAAGUGGCAAGUGUGGAGACAGGGGGCCCUCGGAUUGCUAUGAUCAGCUGGGUUGGUCAAAAUGUGGAAGACUUCCGAAGGACAGAAUGUGCUAGUCACAUUCCAGCCAUCAAAAACUUCUUCAAGGAAGCACAUGCAUUCAUUAGUGCAGAGAAAGUAGAGGACGUGACAGAGGAGAAGAUAAGAGCGGAGCUCAGCAAGGCCCAGGCCCAGACUCCUCCACAGUGGGUGAGAAGGAGCUCCAGGGCUGCGGACAAGGAGGAAUUAGUGGGUACGAACUACAGAAAAACGAAUGCUGCAAUGGAGAUGAGACGAAUAAACAGAGACUCCUUCUGGGCACGUGCAGAGCGUGAAGAGGAAGAGAGGAAAGAGGAGGAGAGGAGGCGUGCAACAGAGGAAAGACGCCGCCUUGAAAGAGAAAGAGUUUCAAAGGAGCGGAGGGAUGCAGAAGAGAGAGACAGGAAGAUGAAUGAGAAGCUACAGAUGAUUGAGGAGCAGCGAAGAAAACAGGCUGAGCAAGAAGAAAAGCUGUGCAGAAAGGAGAAAUUUAAAUGGGAUCAGCAGCAGAGGGAGCAUGUGGAAGAUAUGAGGGCUCGUCUUAGAAGGAGUGAGUCCAUAGAGAAAGCAGCAGAGGCAGCAGCAUUAGUGUCCCAGCGCUCCAUGAACCCGAGGGAGUUCUUCAGGCAGUUGUCAUCAUCAUCAUCACAAAGUCCCACCAGCCCUGGAUCCUCCCGCUCUGGCAAACCCUUCAGACGAUACCAGCGCAGCCUGACAGACACAGCCUUCAUCUUCUCGAAAACAGAAGAGAGCACGUCAUCCUCCCCUUACAGCUCACCCCUGGUCUCCCCCUUCUCCCGUGCUCCUAAUUCCCCCAUCUACCGUUCCACGUCUCCCCCAAAAAGUCCUGAUUUCCGCCCUGUCACCUCUCCACAAAGGCCCAGAGCCCCAAUGUCACCGCCCACAUCACCCCUUCGCCCUGCCGCUCCAGUCUCAGACCUGCCCAGCUUUCCACAAACUUACAACCGAGUUCAGGCUGUUGUUGAGCCCAAACCCCAAUCAGCCACAGAACCUUCUGCCCCUCCUGCCUCCCCUAGUCUCUUGGGAUCGUUGUCCCCCAGUUUAGUAAAAAUCAAACCCUCUCAGUCACAUACAGAUGACCUGCCACCGUCACCCCCAAAUACCGCAACCAAGCAAGAUCACUCACCUAUCUGCUUUGAGCCAGGUGUAGCUCCACAGGCUCCAACAGCUCUUCUUCCAGAGAGACCAGAGCCAAACACAGAUCUCAACACAGCCACUCUUGUGCACACUGAGCUAGAUUCAGACACUGGCUACAGAGUGCAGGCUGUACUGGUGGAGGAAGAUGAGGAAGAGGAUGUGGAGGAGAAUGAAGAAGAUAAAGUUAAAACGCAACCACAGCCUUGUGCUGUUACCACAGAACCAGUCCAGACUGAGGCAGAGGAGCAAGAGCAUGAAGAGGAGGAAAAGAAUGAGGAGGAAGAGGACAAGGAGGAAGAGGAGGAGGGAUUAAAACAGGAAGCUGAGCAUGCCCCACUGGAGGACCCAGUGGAGGUAGUGCAAGAGGAAGAGGAGGCAAAGGAAGAUGGGGAGGAGAAUGACCAAUCAGAAGCCAGUCAGACUCCCGCUGAGCCUGCUGAGCUUUCAAAGGAAGAGGAAGAGUCGGCAGUCAAUGAUGACGAACCAAUUUGUCAAAUAAUCAAACACGAGACUGUCGUCGCGUCAACCAAUGGGAUCACAAAUGGAGACCAGAAUCAGAAUGGCAUAGAGCGAUCCUUGAGUCCAUCGGACACAGAACUCAGCUCGCCGGAGCUGACUGGGAGCUACGAUCUUCAUAGCACAGCAGAAGAGGAUGACGUUAAUGAGGAUAAGGAACAGAUGAUCACAGGAAAUGGACAAGAGGUUAUAGCAGAGCAACAAAUGUGUGUCCGAGCUCUGUAUGACUACCAAGCAGAGGACGAAUCCGAGAUCUCCUUUGAACCCGGUGACAUCAUUAAGGACGUGGAAACGGUGGACAAAGCCUGGUGGAGGGGAUGGAGCAAAGAUGGCCGUCAAGGCUUGUUCCCUGCCAAUUAUGUGGAGACCAUAUAGACAGGCAGAGACACAGAAACUCACUCAGGGACACCAUCUCACAUUUGUGCAUGUUUUUUACCUUAAUCCUCCCACUGAAACUUUGUACUCUCUAUUUUUCUUGGAAGGAUAAAGGAACAGUGUGACUCCCUGUUUUGUAGAAAGCAUAAAGAAAAGAGUGACUCUCUAUUUUGAUGUUUUUUCAGCAAAACAAAAUAUUCUCACAAGUAUGCAGAAAUUACCCAGCCUCAUUUCCUUGGAUAUAAUAGCGGAGACCUUUUCCUGGACCAAAAUAACUUAUUUCCUUUUGAGAUACAGCAGGAAUGUUGGUGGAAGGGAUCAGAUCUCGAUGACAAAGGAUCACAAACCUGCUUUUCUUGUGAGAAACACAAACAGAUUUUUCAAGUGUAUCGUCGUCUUUUUGAUCCGCACAGAUAACAAGCAUUCCAUUCUGCUCAGCGUUUGCUUUGUGUGUUGCAUUGCUAAAAAAUAAUUUACUGCUUUUGACUGGUAUAUAUAAUCAAGAUACCUGUAUCACACAUCAUCUUAUAAUCACCCGCCUGUAUCUCCUGAGUUAUUUUGUAGCACUGUUGUCUUACUGACAGUCUCACAGCACAUUUUAAUUACCUGAACAGCAGCGAAACAGAAGAUGAACAAGCAGCAGAAGGAGGCACUGUGUUCACAUCUGUAUUUCUCUAUCACUCUUUAAAAUGGGCUAUAGUUUUUUCAUAUGGUGAUCCUAGAUUUUAAGAAAUUAAAGCCUUGUGUUCACACAGAUGAUAUGAAAAGAAAUCUUCCUUUUUUAAUCUUCUGUUAUAUCUUAAUCUACACUGUAUAUAAGAAUGUAUAAAAACAGCAAAGAUCUUUUCAUUUUCUAUACAUGUUUGUAUGUUUUAUGCUUGUUUGAUGGUAUGUAUGUUCUUUGUAUUUACUCCAAACUUGCAAAUAUAUAGCAUCUAUAAACUCAAACUUCUUUAAAGUGUUUGUAUCUUGUUUUAUUCUUCAUAUUUACGGAAAACAGAAACUGUGAUGGAUAUUAUCAUUUAGUUUUCAACCGUUUUAGGGAUGCAC